UUAAAAGCAUCCGUGGUGGUGUGGGAUGUAAUACGAGAACAUAAUAGAUCUUGAAAGCCAUUAAAUUAUAACGAAAGUUGUUGCAAGGAAUCUAAUUAAACAUGUUCGAAGAUGUGGUCAGAGAAUUGUAGAAACUUAAAUUUUUUACUGGUGUUUAUCAAAGGGCUAUAUAUUUUGCAGCCUUAAAAAUGCUGGGGAGUGAACUAACUCGUCAAAUGUUGCGGCGAGUAAAUUAAAAAUGGCCGCCUCCCAUCAUGCACUGCUUGCAAAAAAUGAGUACCAAUUACGGUUGUUGGCUUUUCUUAAUGAAGGUGCCGAUAAACUUCGAUUUAUACUUCACAACCCAGUUCAAGGUAACUUACCAAAUGACCAAACAGAACUAUACAAAGCUCUGCUACCAUUUAAAAAGAAACUCAAUCACCUUGGAAAAGACCAAUUAGCCAUCAUAUUCCCACCAGACCAAAAAACAAAUUCAAAGUUAUUUGAUAUUACGCUUUUGUGUGACUUGCUGAUUAACUGCACCAACAUUCAACCUCCAAGUGGUGGAUGGAGAGUAAGAGUACUGAAAGAAAAAGAUCUCAGUACAGGUGCAGACAUAUUAAGGAUAAAAAUUUUGAGGAACAAGAUCAUUCAUGGAAGGCGGCUAGAUGUUUCUGAAUUUCUCAGCAUGUGGGACGAGCUUGAAAGUGUGCUUCGCAGAAUGGGAUACGACGUAUCUAACGUAAAAGACUUGAAAUCGGGAUGUUUAAAUAACUUAGAGCUGUUUAAGGUUUCUUUGCUGAAGAGCGAGUUUGAAAUAUUGAAAUUUAAUUACCAACAAGACAUCCAGCAAAACAAACAAAACAUUGAACUAACCCAGCAAGAUGUGCAAAAAAACAGAGGAGAUUUACAGCAGACCAAAGAGGAUGUACAAGAAACUGCAAAAGAAAUUGAAGGAACUAAGCAAGAUUUGCAAGAAACUAAAACAGAAGUACUGGCGACUAAAAUAGAUGUGCAAGAAACUAAGCAAGCUUUGAUAGAAACUACAGGAGAGCUGCAGCAAACUUUAGAGAAGGUAGCAGAGAUUAAAGACGACGUACAACAGACAAAACAGAGUGUUUAUGAUAAUCAACAAGAAAUUUCUAACACUGUUCAGGAUUUAACACAAACAAAACGCGACGUGCAGCAAACUAACCGAGACGUUCGACAUACUAUUCUAGACGUACAUCGUAAUCAGCAAAAUAUCAUUGACAACAAAGCGGAAAUUUAUCAAACUAAACAAGACACACAGGAAACUAAACAAGACGUACAACAAACUAAGCAAGACGUACGGCAAGCAAAAGAAGACAUACAACAAACAAAACAAGACUUGCAACAAACUACAGAAGACGUACGACAAACUAAACUAGACGUACAGGAAACUAGAGAAGACGUACAACAAACUAAAUUACACCUACGACAAACUAAACUAGACGUACAACAAACUAAACAAGACGUACAACAAACUAACCAAGACGUACGACGAAGGACGCAAGAAAUUCAAAGAGAUAUUUUAGAAAGUAGACAAGAUUUGAAACAAGGCAUGUUGCAAAAUCAAAGGGAAAUCCAAAGAAGUAUAAUUGACCUUCGAGAAACACUAAAACAGAGUGAAAGAAAAAGUGAAAACCUACAUGAUCACGAUGAACGGAACGAUCGAGCAGAUGAAAGUUACUCCAUAUACACCAACUGCAAAGGAAAAAUCAUUGUGAAGCUUGCGAAAGUUAUUAAAGGUAUUCAAUUGGAGAUACAUUCAGAUGAUGAUGGCAGCAUUAGAGUUUUACAGGCACAUGUUGAUUUCAUGGAAAAAGUUAACAACGGCAGCAUGUACAUCAAGCUGAUGACAACUAAUGAGUUUGCCGAAGAAAAGUUAAGGAUUUCAUCUCUCCACGAUAUAAAUUACAAUAUGAUACUUCCAAUAAAAGCAACUCCUCAUCUGUAUCGAUCUAUUUUUGAUUGCAACAAUGAAAUAAAGAUUUCAACGCAUGGUCAUGCCAACGUGUUUGAUCUCAUAGAGAAUGUAAAGCAAAUGUCAGUUGAAAAACAUUUUGUCCAAUACGAUGCUAGUGGAAGCAGAAAGACCACAAAACUGCCUCUUUCUAUGUGGUAUGAUGUCUGCUUAAAUUUGAUCAAAACGUUUUAUGGGCAAGACAAUAUUGUAAAGCAAAGAUUGCAAUUUAAUGCAUCUAAAUUUGGUGGCGAAAUUCCAAAUUUGGCAUUUUGGUUAACAGAUAAUCUUAAAGACAUCAAGAAUGGCAUUUUUAGUAUCAUAACUGAUUAUAACAGCGAGGAUCAUUUGGUUUUCUUAAAUCACAUAGUCGACGCCAAUCAGAGAAGUGAUAGCUAUGAUCACAAGGGAAGAAUCUUGGUUGUUUACCCUUGUCCUAACAUUAUCCUCAAUGUGAGGUUCACUAAAUCAACAGAGCUGUACGAUGUUGAAGUUGAGCUUACCAAAGGAGAAUGUGAUAUUAGGAACUUGCUUCUUGUAAAUGAGAUAUUAGUGAGAAACCGGAAUUUUACCUAUGCCAACAUCGUAGCCGCGCCUAACUUCGUAAAAGAUGAAGAGUCCCUCGCUUGUGCUGGUUGUCGUGUGAUGGACAAAACCAUAAUGAAAGAUAAAUCAAGGCUGGAGAAAUGGUUUGAAAGCAUUAUUGGAGAAAUAUCUGAGCAUGAAAAGACGUUUGACAAAUUGGUUUGCGAAACUGGAUAUUUAAAACUUAUAAGUCAGAUAUUUGGUUUCCUGGCAACUAGACGAUCAAACAAACAUGGUGCUUCGAUAUUGGGGUUAGAUGCAUCGAAACAAAUGAGAUCACUCAUGUUGAAUGCAGAACAGUUAAAGGUGUUAUAUAGCGAAGAAAGAAAGAAAAUAAUAGUUGGAAAUUUCGGUAGCGGUAAAACACUGGUUGGAUCGUAUCAGCUCCAGUAUCUCGCAGAAAAUGCUGUUGAAAAAACAAAGAUUUACUAUAUCUGCUGGGAUUCCAGAAGCAUGCUUGUCCAAGAUAUCAAAAUCUUUAUAAGAAGUCUUUCGACAAAAAAAUGUGCGUGUGUUCAUGCAGUAACUGUUGUGGACUUGUGUAAGGAGCUGAAACUGACCAAUCAGCCAUCAUUGCCGUAUUUGAUUUCACAACUUUUAAAAGAGCACGGAGGAGAUUGGCUAAUGCACUUUAUCGUAGAUGAAUAUGACUGCGAGGAGUUAAGUCACGAUGUGGCACGUGACUUAUGUAACACGAUGAAACUGGAUAUUCUAAAGGAUUCCUUCGUUACCAUACUUCCUCACUCUGCAAAAAGAAAUCGCACUUUGAUUUCAUCUGAUGAAAUGUUCCAUCAUGAAAAAUACCAAUACGAGGCUACAGAAAUGAAAAUAUUUUAUUUGUCGAAAUGCAUGCGGACAACGAAAAGAAACUACCAACUCAUAAAAAGAUUUGAACAGAGAUUAUGCGAUCAAAAAAUCCACUUUAAACACCCAAGACAGCCUCAAGAAAACAGAACACUUGAGAAACAUACUUCAAACGAAUCAUCAGAUGCAAGGAUGUCCGACAUGACGAGCAUAAGCAUGCUGCCUAUGCCACAAACUAGUUCAGAGCUUCCUAUUUUCCCAAACAACAAUCCGAUUUUCGAAGCAUCGCUCGAUUUAGAUACCAUUGCAGCAGUUCAACCAAACACUCCAGUUAAUCCAAAUAUGGCGACUAUCACCCAACUGGAAACCCGCAAAUGAUCGGUAUCGGACAUAACAUAUACGGAAAUAAACCCGAUUAUUUAAAAUUAAAAACCAAAAAACUUUCGGAAUAUGAAGUAAUCGCAAGAUUAGCCAUAGUGUUAGAGGAAGAGUUAAACGAUGCACAAAAGAACAAGU